AUGGAAGCACAUAAACUUUUCUUCAUUCAUCCCGCUCUCGACAAUGUGGAGAGACUCGUCGUCUUCGAGAACUUCGACCAGCGGUACCCUCCCAACCUCCCGUACUGCGAGCCCCUCCGGACUGCGCCUCCCAUCGUCAGCCGGUCAGUCGGCCGCGCCAGCCUCAGGCUCAAGCACCUGUCGGGGGCGUUCAUCGUCGACGCCAGCGACGUGUUCCUCGGCGCCUCCCGCGAGCCCUCGUGGGCGUGGCCGAACCUUACCACGCUCGCGCUUACCUCGAGGCUGCUCGCGCCCGACGCGGAUUCAGGGGCUGUCGACGGCAUGCUCGUGGCGGCCGCGACCGCGGCCCGCCGGAUGCCGAAGCUCGAGACGAUGGAGAUCUGGAACGGGCGGGAGGGCCUCGCGGGCUUGUUCAGGUACCGGUCCGCACGGCGCGGGCGGACGGCUGGGAUCAGCUGGAGGGGAACGUGGGACCUCGCCUUGGGGGAAGAUGUCAUCCAGGCCUGGGAGACUGUUGCGAAUAUGUAUCGCCGCGGCGGGCUCGUGGUUGUGAAGGAGAAGGUGAUGGAUGCUAAGAUCAGGUUCCACGGUGACGCGAUUCAUCACCUGGGGCUCGAGGCGCAGGUGGUCCGGCCUGUUUCGUUGUAUCAGAUGCGGAUGGAGCGUGAUAUUCGAGAGGGCAAUGCAUGA